AGCCGAGCAUCCAAUGAGGGUUACUUGAGCUGCGAGUCCAAAGGCCGUCCUUUGUGAGAGUUGCCAGUAUAAACACACUUGCUCUUUUUGAUAUUUCUACUCUUUGGUCUCUUCACAAUUAUUUAUCGUGAACGAUGAUGAACGGCCAAGUAAAUGGUUUUCACAACUCAGUCAUUGACGAGGACUGCUUCUUGUUCACCUCGGAAUCCGUCGGAGAAGGGCAUCCCGACAAGAUCUGCGAUCAAAUCAGUGAUGCGGUCCUUGACGCUCAUCUCAAGCAAGAUCCCGAUGCCAAGGUUGCUUGUGAGACGGUUGCCAAGACGGGUAUGAUCCUGUUGGCAGGUGAAGUGACCUCACGAGCUACAGUGGACUAUCAGAAAGUUGUACGGGAUACUAUUCGCCAGAUUGGCUAUGAUGACUCAGCUAAAGGGUUUGACUACAAGACCUGCAAUGUGCUUGUGGCCUUGGAGCAGCAGUCUCCUGACAUAGCCCAGGGUGUCCACGUUGACCGCAAUGAAGAGGACAUUGGAGCUGGGGACCAGGGCUUGAUGUUUGGAUAUGCCACUGACGAGACCAAGGAGUGCAUGCCACUCACAAUUGUGCUCGCGCACAAACUGAAUGCCAAGAUGGCUGAGCUCCGACGCAAUGGCACUCUGCCGUGGCUCCGACCUGACUCAAAGACACAGGUUACAGUGCAGUACCGCCAGGACCGUGGCGCCAUGCUUCCUGUGCGCGUGCACACAAUUGUCAUCUCAGUUCAGCAUGAUGAGGAAAUUUGCCUUGAAGAGAUGAGAGAUGCCCUGAAGGAGAAAGUCAUCAAGUCUGUUGUUCCCUGCAAUUAUUUGGAUGAUGACACCAUCUACCACCUGCAGCCCAGUGGCAGGUUUGUCAUUGGCGGCCCCCAGGGUGAUGCCGGACUGACGGGGCGUAAGAUUAUCGUUGACACUUACGGUGGCUGGGGGGCUCACGGAGGCGGGGCCUUCUCUGGCAAAGACUACACCAAAGUGGACCGCUCUGCUGCGUACGCUGCACGUUGGGUUGCCAAGUCUCUUGUCAAGGCUGAGCUCUGCAGGAGGGUGUUGGUUCAGGUCUCCUACGCCAUUGGAGUUGCCCACCCCCUCUCCAUUUCCAUCUUCCACUAUGGGACCUCUAACAAGAGUGAGCGGGAGCUGCUGGAUAUCGUAAGGAAAAACUUUGACCUGCGUCCCGGGGUCAUUGUCAGGGAUCUGGAUCUGAAGAAACCCUUGUAUCAGAGGACGGCAGCCUAUGGCCACUUUGGCCGUGACUCCUUCCCAUGGGAGGUUCCCAAAAAGCUGAAAUACUAAACCUGUUAAGCUUUUUGCCCCCAGGCUUGUUGGUGUAUACUACAGAGAAGCCUCCAAGAUUCGGGGGGGUGAAAUGCCCUUUGCUGUCUUUCUCUCUCUUCCUCCCUUCCCCUUUCUCAAAAAUGAUUCAUCAUUUUCCACUUGGAUAUUGUCCUUUGUUUUGCUGGUUGCGAAAUGCUGGCUCCUUGAAGUCGUCUUUUUUUUUUCUUUAAACUUUAGGGUUCCAAGAACUUCUUCUGUCACUUGUCACUGUGCUAGAGCGUGAGUCGCUGCAGGUCUGUCAUUUAAUAUGAGUCUAGUCAGGUAGUCAUGGGCAGGUGUUGGUUUGUACUUCUGUAUUUGGCCUUCACUCACUGGUGCUACUACAAGAGGAUCAUGUAUGACCUGCGAAGUAAAUCUUCAUCUCAUCAUUUCGGAGGAUCUUUGGAUCUCAUUGAGCAACAUUCCUCCUCGGUCAGUCUGGUCUAAAUGUUCCCUCGCCCACUUUUCUUGUUGCUAGAAUGAAUUCUUUUCUUUAUGGAGGAUGUUGGAGUGGCACAAUGAAAUUGAAUUGAAUUGAAAAAAAAAAAACCCCCGCUGUGCUUUGCAUGACCAAGAGCUGCCAAAUGUUGCACUUUCAAGCCCACACACCGCCGCAGAUCUUUGUCAUUUUCUGACGUCAUACAGAAAAGUCAGAGGCUGCUAUGUCGCUGCUCUGGUCUGCAGAGGUUUUGGGUGAACUUGAUAGUGAUGAAACAUUUGGAAUCAGUUUUUGAGGCCGCCCCCUGACUUUUUAUUUUUAAAGAAAACAAGUGAUUUGGCCCCAUUGACUCCACCGAUAUAUCGAUUGCAGGUGUGGUUACAGAGAAACCUGUCUUCCCAUCUUUAUUCUGGUGGCGUUUGUCAGUCUUAUUGGGUAUCCAGUGUCAACACUAUUUAUUUGUUCUCUGGAGCUCAGCGUGGAUACAGAGAAGCUGAGCUUUCAGAAGGCAGCUUUAAAACACUUGAUUUACUGAAUCUUGAAUUCCUCUUGACUUGAUAGUUUGUUUGCUUGAGGCACCAGAGUGUUGUACAGAAAAGCUUUGGCUCACCUCGAAAACAAACGGUAAAUGUUUGACUAUUUAACGUUUUUAUUUUUGGACUGCACAAUUUUUUUUAAGGUGCGGUGGAUGUCCCUUUUUAAAAAAAAAACAUAUUUUUUUAAGCAUCUGCAAACCUUUUGGCUCUUACAAAUCUUCCAUCAGUACGAUGGCAGUAUUUGGUUGGUGUAGUACAGAGAAACCAGCCGUGUUUACAUUGCCAUCCAAUGUCGUGCUCUUAUUGCAGGUAAUCAUUGGCUACAGUAAGUGUACAUGUGCCUUUUUCUAUUUCUUCUCCCCCUUUGCUUCUCUUCCACACUCCACACAAAAAAUGGGUUUCUGUCAAGGCAGAUGGCUCUUUCUGUAAUGUUUCAUGUUUAGAUUUGACACCUCCCUUGUGAUCUGUAAUAAAUAAGAUACUUGCAACUUG